AUGGUCGAUGCUCUGGGUUUGCUCCUGAGGCCUCAUUGCAUCAAAGGUAACCCCUUCGUGAACUUCACGUCCGUGAGUCCGGUGUUUGAGCAAGGUUUGGCUCCCUCGGAGCCCUCCAGUAUGGGAGGGAGGUCCGUACCCUCGCAUCAUCAACGGCUGACGACAAGCUUGAGAGACAGCCUGCAGGUUUGGGGAGUUCCGCGUCCUGAACCUGAAGCAGCAGUUUGCAGACAGGAUUGGCCUGAGUCGGCGGACACUGUCACGAUCAAGAAUAUUCCCUGUCGCAUCCGGGCGCAGGAAAUUCUGUCGGCAGUGUGUGCACUAGGCUUCACGGAGAACCAUCUUCUUUACCUGCAUCUUCCCGCGAAGCAGGGCCGGAAUACUUGCACUCUCGGCUACUGCUUCAUCGGCUUUCGUAGUGUAGCUUUGGCAAGGCAGUUUUGGGAGAAGUCCUCGGAGUUGAGAUUUCCGGAUCGCACCAGUCUGAAGGUCCCUCAUGUCGAAGCUGCGACGAGAUCAAUGCACGGGGAGGUUCUCUGGUUCAGACGCGAAGCCGCAGGAACUGAGGAGGUCGACGUCGCCACGGGUCAGGGUGAGUGUGCAGCGGGGGGUCCCGGGCAUUCGGAGGCGAAGGAUCAGUGUGGAGCCGAGUGCCCUCGUCAUUCAGAGGUCCAUCGGACCCCUCAGAAAACAACCUGGCUGCUGUGA